AUGCAUUUAAGAGUACGCAACAGAUCCGGCGGUCAGAGAACCGAGAUGUGCCUUUUGGUUUUGACUGCAGAUAUCCUAACCGACGUUGGACUGAAAUUCGCCGAGGACUGUGUUGUACCGGUACACUUCACGUUGUUGUGA